AUGAUAGGGACAUUUCAGGGCCGUCCAAAACGAUGUGAUAUGUGGCUGGCCGUCGUCCAACUCCUCGUCAACGUCAUCUUCGCCCUGCCGUUCACCGAAGAUCUCCCGCCCCACAAGUCCCAUUGCUAUAGGUAACGACUUUAGAAUCUCAAGUGGUCCCUAGAGGGGCCCUUGAAGGCUUCCCUUUAGGGAAAACCUCACCUCGCCCUACAGGGGGCACUUAAGCUUGCAAAAGUGGCCCCUAGAGGGGACUUGCUAGCCCCUUAUUGCUGUGAAGGAAAUAAAAUACCUCUAUAGGGACCACUCCAGCUUCAAGGGUCAGACCUUAAACCCCUAUAGGGGCCACUCUGGCGUUCCUAAGGAAGAUAUGAAGCGAUUACUUCAAGGUCCUAAUUUUUAGAUCGAAGUGCACAUUUUAGGGAAAAUCAUUAAUUAUUAAAAGCUGGUUUACACUUGAAAAUUCGUAGACAAGGUUACAGUUUCUGGAAGUCUUAAUAUCACGAACUUCUAUUCAAUUUUUUGAUCCUUGAGAAAUUUCAAGCCGUUUUUAGAAGCUUCAGUCAGGUGUACUCCAUAGAUGAAUUUGCCGUUUUACAACUUUUGUAAAUUAUCCCGUAGUUCAUGAUUAUUUACAAUUAAAAACUGAUUAACGUACAAAAGUUGUCCGUGGAGCGCAAAUGAAUAAGAAUUUUUCGCCGUCCGAAACGCCAGAGUGGCCCCCAGAGUGACAACCUUAAGGCAUGUUCUAAAACACGAGCGGUUGUGGGGCACGAGCGGCACGACCGUUACUAAAUCACGAGCGGUUUCAUCUUUCGCUCCUUCGCGAACGCUUCUAAAUCACGAGCGUUUUUUUGGCUUAUCGUUCUGUUCGAGCGUUUCUAAACCGCGAGCGUUUCAUUUUAAUCAUUUUCUUUAUUACCAUCCAAGUGUGUGUUUCAUAUUUCUACCUUCUUUUUUUCUCCUUGAAUAAAAAAAUUUUGACGAUCUUAUAUGCACAUUUUUUUCGCUCAAUUUGUUGAUUGAUUCACAUUUGAGGUUCAUAUAAUGGAUUUUUUUCUAAGUUUUUUUGCGGUCUCUAUAAUUUCACAGAUUCUGCGUAUGGCAAAUUUUUUUCUAAUAAUUUCAUCUGAUUUUUCAUAUUCAAUAUUUCACAGAUUUUUGCGUAUGAUAAACUAAUAUUUCACAGACGUCUCGCAUGAAAGUCAAUAUUUCUCAGAUUUUUUUAUUUUUUAUUAUCUUUCAGAGAACCAAAAACAUCAUCGGUGUUCACCUCGAUGAGAUUAAUUCUUUUUCGGAUCAGCCAUAUGUUGAGGGCGAAUUUUUUUCGGAUGUUAGAAAAGUUCCCCUGAACGUUCUGCGCGGGAUCCAGUGAGGAGAAUUAUUUUUUUCAAUUUCACCUGCUUACACGAAGCCCCCUGUUAUUGCAUAUAAACUCUGAUUUAUACAUUGAUUUCCUUUUUUUCUAUAUUUUCAUUUUUCCAAUCUGUUUUCGUUAUACGGCUGUCAUUCACCGAUGAACCACCAGACGCUUAUGGCAUUUAUUUCAUUCAUUCGCUACGGUUAUUAAUUUAUUUUUUUGAUACUUCGUAAAUUUCGUAUCUCGUUUCAUGAUAAAUAUUUUUCAAAGCUUGGAAACGAAUAAAUUUUUUUGGUAGUAUCUCCAAAAACUAUUCUAGCGGGUAAGAGGAGAAUAAAAUAUGAAUGGCAUCAAUUCGAAUAUGAGAUUCUAUUACCAGAAAAAAAUUUUUGAGAGAAAGUAUUAGAAAAAAAUUUGCUAUACGCAAAAUUUGAGAAAUAUUGACUUUCAUGCGAGACGUCUGUGAAAUAUUAGUUUAUCAUACGCAAAAUCUGUGAAAUAUUGAAUAUGAAAAUCAGAUGAAAUUAUUAGAAAAAAAUUUGCCAUACGCAGAAUCUGUGAAAUUAUAGAGACCGCAAAAAAAACUUAGAAAAAAAUCCAUUAUAUGAACCUCAAAUGUGAAUCAAUCAACAAAUUGAGCGAAAAAAAUGUGCAUAUAAGAUCGUCAAAAAUUUUUUUAUUCAAGGAGAAAAAAAGAAGGUAGAAAUAUGACACACACUUGGAUGGUAAUAAAGAAAAUGAUUAAAAUGAAACGCUCGCGGUUUAGAAACGCUCGAACAGAACGAUAAGCCAAAAACGCUCGUGAUUUAGAAGCGUUCGCGAAGGAGCGAAGAAUGAAACCGCUCGUGAUUUAGUAACGGUCGUGCCGCUCGUGCCCCACAACCGCUCGUGUUUUAGAACAUGCCCAACCUUAAGGGCCUUCGAAGGUUCCCUUUAGGGACCACCUUUCUUUCCCCCUUAAGGCAAUAAGUCUUCCAGAGGGGCCACUUUAGGGCUUUAAAUGAGUGGUCACUCUAGGCUGGUGGUCCCUACACGUCUUUCAAACUUUAAAAUCUGAACAAAAAGUUGAAAGACCUCUAUAGGGACCACUUAAGUCCUAACCCUAUGGGAAGCACUAUUUUUCCCCUACACUUACCCCUCUAGGGACCACUCUGUGUAGCUGGAUUAUUGUUUUGGACGUUUGAACAUCAGCAAUUAUUCUUUGUCAGAAACAGCAAAGUGGACUAUUUUUGUCACUUUUCUAUUUUCGAUGCUUCAAGUGGUCCCUAAAAUGAUUUUAAAUUUUUUUCUUCUGGUUUGGAAGUCAAAAGGAGCUUAUUCAUACUUUCUAUAGUCGAUUCUAAUUUUAUCAACUUUCUGUUCAUUUUGCAACCUUUUCCUAGGCCACGUAAUACAUCAGCGUCUCUCAUGUGAGGGUUUUUAAUUAAUCCCAGGCGCUCAUUUGGAGACGGCGGAACUUUGGUUUUCUCAGAAGCAAAUUAAAGGCCAGCUGCGCUUUUCGUUUCGCUCACCUUGUAAAGUUUGAAAAGGGGUUGAAAAUAAACUAAAAUUUAAAAAAUAUUGAUUUUUCAACGUUUUUCUGUAUUAGCUCACUUUGCCGUUUCUGGAAAAUUAUAAAGUUUAAGAGCUAUUUUCACUAGCUUGCUCGAACGGAUAAAAAUGUCAGCAAGUGAUAAAAUUAGGGGGCGCAAAGCCCCGCCCCUUCGCGCCACCAAAAUGACGAUUUUUUUGUUGCAUAAACGGUUUUGAGGCGUUUAUACUAGCUAAAGUCCCACUUUGAAAAUUAACUGUUUCUGUUAAUCUAUGUAAUCGACAACGCUCUACAAGACUGAAUAUUUUUUUAAAACUAUGUAUUUUUCCAAAAAAAUAAGCGAAAAAAAGUAAGAUUUAACACGAAAAAAACUGACAAGUUUCACAAAAUCGUCGCGUUUCAGAAAAACCAAGUGAGGAACGCUUCUAAAUUGUAAGUAUGUUAUACAUUAACACUUUCUUUAUUUUUUUGAGUGAAAAUGAAAAAAUCUACCGACGCGAAAAAAAUAUUAAAGCUUGUAAAGUGACACCAAACUUUGAAGCUGAAAUGCGAAAAAAAUUUCAGCGACAUGGUAUACUUUUUUAUUUGAUUUAAAAAAACUCACAAUGUGUUCAAAAAAAUAAAAAAAUUCAAAAUGAAAAAUAAUUAUUGGGACAGCGAAUCAAAUUAUAUUUGGAUUUUUACCAAAAACCUCCUUUUUUUCGCCUGCCUCGUUGAUGCAUGAGAGAAUAGGAUCGCUUCUAUAUUUUUUUGAUCAGGUUAUUAAGCGUUCAAAACUCCAUCAAUGAAAAAAUUAUGAAAAAAAUCAAACGACGCGAAAAAAAUAACGGCUUUGAAAACCUCGAAAAAAUGGCAAUUUUUUUUGAAAUUUUGAAAGAAUUCGUGCAAGCGUUCGUAGCUGUGUUUGCGUCAAACACACCGAUGCGCCCUUUUUAAAUGUUGCAGGAGCCGUUUUUUUGGAGUCAAAUUGCACAUUUUCCUGUUUUAUUUCGAAAUAACAUUAUUUUUUUCAUUUUUUUCUUUUUUUCCAAACUAAAUGAUAAUAAUUUUUUUCUGAUUAGAAAAAAAGAAAAAAAUAAGCUGAAAAAUUUCUUCUGACCUUUUUUUCUAAGUAGUUUUUUUGAUAUUUUUAUCAAAAAAAUUCUUAUGAGGAUUGUACAAAAGAUUCAUACCAAAACGUUAAGCUCAGUUCUGACAACCUCUCAGAACAGAAAACCGAUUUGAAAACGGUUCAGAAAUGCGCAAAAACAUUUAAAAAGAAAGCGUGCGGCAGCGGGUAAACCGUGAGAUUUUGCCUCCAGUUGAACGCCGCGCGCGCUAGUUUUUUGGCCAUAACUUUUUUCUUAGUGGAGCUUUUUUCAAAAACUAAACGGAUUAUGAAAGUGGACAGUCUCUUCUAUCGAACAAUGUGAAAAAAAUUUUUUGAAUCGUUCUGGAGAAAUGGCUUGCGGUCCCUAGAUAAAAUCAUUCUGAAAAAAAAAGUUGAAAAAUGAAAAUUUGCUCCAUCGCACCGCUAAAAUCGAAGUUAGUUGACUUUGCAGUUUUUGGAAAAUGAUGAAUGAAUUUUGUUCGACUGUUUCGGUGCUUCCUUCAUGUUUCAACAUGAAAAAAAUUCAAAUUUUUUUGAAAAAAAUUCUACUUUUUUUAGAAAAAAAUUGAUCGAAAAUCAGUAAAAUUUCUUUUUUUACGCUCAAAAAAAUAUGUUCAAUUAAAAUUUCAAUGUUCAAAAAAUCAAACUGAACAAAUUUUAAUAAAUUUAAAAAAAAGAGAAAAUUUGAGACAUUUUUCUGGGUUCACAUAGGACUACAAAAAAAUUGGUAAUAAAUUGAUUUUUUUGAUUUUAAAAAAAUCUGGCUGACUUUGCUGUUUCUGACAAAAAAAUAUUCAUAGAUUUUUAGAACUUUCUGAACACUUCAAUCGAUAUAUUUCUAAAAAAAACAAAAAAACGAUUUGAUUCAAGUUGUGAGGAAUUUUUUUAAAAAUGAUUCGUCUUGAAACCAUUUUUUUAUGAAAUGUGACUAUGCGCCUUUAAAUAUAUCUCAGUAGGAAUUCCAGAAAAAAAUUGAAUUUUUUUCAAAAAUCUUUCAAAAAGGUCUAAAAAAAUUUCAAAAAGGUCCAUUACAAAAAAAUUUAAAGGAGCUUGAAUUAUUGUUUUUGGACGUUUAAACAUCUUGAAAUAUUCUUUGUCAGAAAACAGCAAAGUGGGCUAUUUUUUUAGUUAUUAACUUUCAAAUUAAUUUUUCUAACAAAUGAACCCCAAAAAAAAGUCCAAAAAAUUUUAGAAUUUCUUGAAAUUCAGAAAUAUUUUUUUCAGCUGCGCCUCCUUCGCCUACCUUCCACUGUGGCAAAAGCUCAUGCAUCACUAUUAUCCGCCCAAAAAUUUUACGGACAGUUGCUGGCAACCCGAUGGCCGUGAGUCGUUCUGAAGACCUUGAAUUUUUGCUCGUUAGGUGAAGAAAAAUCGGUAAAAUUGCGAAAAAUUUGCUCAACUGAGUUGCGCUCCAUCGAUAACGCCAGUCCGGGCUCUAGGAUGAUACAGGGCAAGCCCUGCUUCGACUAAACUUUAUCAUCCAAACUUAAGAUUUUCAGCAAAAAAAACCCUUUUACUCAUAGUUUCUGUUGCAUUUUUAAGUGAAAACGAAAAAAAAAAAUGGGAUUUUUAAUGGGAUUUUUGUCGGAAAAAAGUCUGAUAACUUGAAAAAAUUUUGCGCUAUUUGGGCCAGCCCGGCUUUGCUUGAGGCUACGUCGAGGUCGGGCCUGGCGGGUAUAGAAAAUGACCGGGCUGACCCUCGCCCGGGCCUUCCACGGCUUAUAAAUGACCGCUCCGCCCGUUUACCUGAGGCUACGGUAAGGUUGGGCCUCGUCGGGUUUAGAAAAUGGCCGGGCUGGCCCGCGAGCAAGCCUGCCAUGGCUAAAAGAAAGACCGGGCCGGCCAGAGCCUGCCAAGUUUUAGAAAACGACCGGGCCGCUCGUUUUUGCUUCAGGCCUCCGUAAGGUCGGGCUUGGGCGGGCUGAGAAAAUGACCGAGCCUGCUCGAGCCUGAGCUCGCCACGUGCUAAAAAAAGACCGGGCCGGCCCGAGCCUGCCACGUUUUAGAAAACGACCGGGCCUCCCGUUUUUGCUUGAGGCCUCCGUAAUUUUGGGACUGGUCGGGUUUAGAAAACUACCGGGCUGGCCCGCGAACAAGCCUGCCAUGGCUAAGAGAAGGACCGGGCCGGCCCGAGCCUAAAAAGUGUAGACGUUCUUCAAAAUGAAAUGUCGUUUUUUGGGACCUUUCCAGCUUCAAAAAUGGCAAAAAGUGCCAGUCCGCAAUGUGGCGUCGCGUGUAUGCAGACAAGGUUUCACAGUCUUUCAAUUUUCUCGAAAAACGGAUGAAAAACGGGCCUUUACAAGAAUUAUCAGUGGAGCGCAACAAGUGCUCGAUUUUUCAAUUUAUUGCAGCUUUUUUGUCACUUUUUUGAACAGAAAAUCAAAAAUUCAAUAAUUUUGAAGGGAUCGGCCUCGUCCCUUGCACGUCCGCGUGUUUCACCCUCGUGGAGGACAUCGAUCAGCAGGAUUGUUAG